UAAAAACUCAUUUUGUGUUCUUCUGUUAAUAGGCGUUGGUUUCAAUCUAUUUGUAGAAACCUCGUCCUUAUUGUGAAAAACCUGCGCCGGAAGUGUUGUUGUUCUGGAAGGAGUAACAGCGGCGUCAAGAAACGUUGCUGAGCGAGUCCCGCCGAGACUUAAACUUGUAUUCGUCGAAGACGGCGGUCUUUUUCCGGUCCGGAACUCGUCGGUCGGGACACUUUAACGGUCGGUGAACGCGCUCCCGCGUCAAAGAAUCCCGUUAAAAGCCGCCAUGGCGUCGCCGCUGCAGAUGACAGAGAUGUACGACAACGCGCUGCUCGGCAUCCUGCAGCACGUCGGGAACAUCCAGGACUUCCUGCAGGUCUACUUCGGCUUUCUGUACCGCAAGACGGACUUCUACCGCCUGCUGGCGGCCCCCGCCGACAAGAUGGGCUUCCCGCCCGGCGUGGCGGAGAAGAUGGUGCUCAAGACUUUCAAGCUGUUCGAGAAGCUGGCGGAGAGCGACCGCGAGCGGCAGCACGGCGAGCGGAGGAGGAGGGAGGAGAGCCGGCGGGUUCCUCCGGCGGUUCAAGAGCUGGAGGUCGCCGCCGCCGCCGCGGAGGAGGUGGAGGAGCGGAGCGCCGAGGAGGCGGUGGAGAGCCCUCCGCCCGACGCUCCGGCUUCCUCGGAAGGUUCUGAGCCGACGGCCCCGGGAGGUCAGGGAGGUCAGGCAGCUGCAGCUGUCACGACCUCAGCAGACGUGACGCAGGAGAAGUUCCAGUCGGACCCCGACAGCUACAACGGCGCCAUGAGGGAGAACUACAGCUGGUCCCAGGACUACACCGACGUGGAGGUCCGGGUCUUCGUUCCCAAAACGGUCGUCAAAGGCCGACAGGUCCGAGUGGACCUGCAGGCCGGCGGCAUGCAGGUGUGCGUGCGGGAGGGCGAUGAGGAGAGGACGCUGAUGGAGGGAGACUUCACCCACAAGAUCAACACGGAGACGUCGCUGUGGAGCCUGGAGCCGGGCAGCUGUGUGGUGCUGUCGCUCAGUAAGACCUCUGAGGUCUGGUGGAACGCGGUCCUGAAGGGGGAGGAGGAGAUCGACAUAAACCAGAUCAACAGGGAGCGCUCCAUGGCGACGGUGGACGAGGAGGAGCACGCCGUGCUGGACCGCCUCUCCUUCGACUACCACCAGAAGCUGCAGGGGAAGCCCCAAAGCCACGAGACGAAGGUGCACGACAUGCUGAAGAAGGGCUGGGAGGCCGAAGGCUCGCCCUUCAGGGGGCAGCAGUUCGACCCCUCCAUGUUCGACAUCCCGCCCAGCGCCGUGCAGUUCUGAGCGGAGGAGGACCGGACCGAGUCAGCCGGGUUGUGGAGGAGAGGACGGGUGUCCGUUGUCGUGGCGACGGAGAAGGGACGGCGUCGUGGCGACGCAUGAUAUGUUUGAUGUUUUGGAACCCGAUACAUUGGUGCGAUUUGUUGACCGUUUUGCUCUUAAUUUAAAAACUCUGCAGUGCCUCCGUGAGGAACUCUUGAUCUCAUGACCCCCCCAGACCCCCCCGGACCCCCCAGCUGUUGCAGCAUCGAGGAGAGUUUCCAUCCACAGUGUUUUGAUUGAAUGAUUAAAGGUUUCCAGAGUUCAGGGGAACAGCUGGUUUACUAGCUGAUGACAAACUACUGCUUAAUAAAUGUUGAUAUCAAAAGCUUGUUUUUCUACUUGAUAAACUCACGUUUACUGUUUUUUAGAGACUUUAAACGCAUCUCGUGGUCCUCUGCAGUAAAGUACCUCAUGCGUGUACUUAUUUGAGUAAAUGUACUUUAUGCUACUGCUUAUUGAUCAGAAAUGUAAAAAUAAAGGAUUUAACAGCUUUAGUAAAGUUAAAAAA